UUCUGAUAGGCUUGUGCAAGCCUCCAGCGGCUAGGCCUGCUUCCGGUAGUCUUUGCGGACGCUGCUGCUCUGGUAUCGCUGGUGGAGUUUGCUGAACCAUUUCUGGACCCCAGUAGGCAUGUCGGCGGCUUUUCGCAAAGCAGCCAAGUCCCGGCAGCGGGAACAUCGAGAACGAAGCCAGCCUGGCUUUCGAAAACGGCUGGGUUUGCUGGAGAAGAAGAAAGAUUACAAACUUCGUGCAAAUGACUAUCAUAAAAAGCAAGAUUUCCUCAAAGCUCUCCGGAAGAAGGCUCUUGAAAAAAAUCCAGAUGAAUUCUACUAUAAAAUGACCCGGGCUAAGCUCCAGGAUGGAGUUCAUAUCAUCAAGGAGACCAAGGAAGAAGUGACACCAGAGCAACUGAAGCUGAUGAGAACUCAGGAUAUUAAGUAUAUAGAGAUGAAAAGGGUUGCAGAAGCAAAGAAAAUUGAAAGACUGAAAUCAGAGCUCCACCUGCUGGAUUUCCAGGGAAAACAACAGAAUAAGCACGUGUUCUUUUUUGACACCAAAAAGGAAGUUGAACGGUUUGAUGUUGCGACUCACUUGCAAACAGCCCCAGAGCUAGUAGACAGGGUCUUUAAUAGACCCAGGAUAGAGACCUUGCAGAAGGAGAAAGUGAAAGGUGUUACCCCUCAGACUCGACUCAAGAGGAUAGCUAAAGAAAGACAAAGGCAGUAUGAUUGCUUGACACAGCGAAUUGAUCGGGAGAAGAAGCUGUUCGUGGUUGCACAGAAAAUUCAAACCCGCAAAGAUCUUAUGGAUAAAACAAACAAGGUGAAGGUGAAGAAGGAAACAGUGAACUCCCCAGCUAUUUACAGAUUCCAGACUCGCCGAAAACGUUGAUGUGUUAAAAAUAAGCCUCGUCAUUCUGCAUUGAAAAGAACUCUUUUUUUCCCCUCUUUUGUAAUAACUUCAAAUUUCAUUAUUAGUUCAGAUGCCUUGUUUUUUUUUGUUUUGUAAUCAUGACUUAUUGUCAACCUGAUACUUGAUAUCUUUCUAUGAGAAUAGUAAAGUCCCUUCCCCAAUA